CUCCCCGGGCGCCUUGGACGCAGUUCAGGAAUCCGCCGCCACUGCCGGCCGCUCGCGGACUCGGGCCGAACGGGGAAGGCGCCAGGCAGGACCGCUCGCUCGCUGCGCAGGACGGCGCCCUCCUGGCGCCGCUUCCCGCCCACCGUGCGAACCCGCGGGGCCGAGCCUCCUUCCCUCCCCGCCGCCGUCCCCGGCCGAAGCCGCUUCUGCCUGGUCCUGCCGAGAGGAGGGCAAAGUUGCGGGCGGAUGCUGCCCGCGCCGGACCCCUGCCUCGGAAAGUCGGAUCCGCCCCCGCUGGAGGAGGCUCGGUGGCGGGGACCAGGUGUCCCCCACCUGAACAACGAGCCAGGUCCUGAGUGAUGUCCCCAAGCUGAGUGCCCAUGGCCCUACCCUUCCCCAUGGAGAAAGGACUCACUCUGCCCCAGGACUGCCGACACUUUCUGCACAGCCUGAGAAUGAGGAGCAAAUAUGCCCUUUUCCUUGCUUUUGUGGUGGUGGUUUUUGUCUUCAUUGAAAAGGAAAAUAAAAUCAUAUCAAGGGUCUCGGACAAACUGAAGCAGAUCCCCCAAUCCCCGGCAGAUGCCAAUAGCACCGACCCAGCCCUAGUCUUGGCCGAGAACGCAUCCCUCCUGUCCCUGAGUGAGCUGGAUUCGGCCUUCACGCAGCUGCAGAGCCGCCUGCGAAACCUCAGUCUGCAGCUAGGCGUGGCGCCGGCAGAGGAGGCUGAGGAGGAGACCACAGAGUGGGAGCAGGAGUCCCGCCCACCCGCCGAGGCCCCGCCCCGGCGCCACUUGCUCCUCAUGGCCACCACGCGCACGGGCUCCUCGUUUGUGGGCGAGUUCUUCAAUCAGCAGGGCAACAUCUUCUACCUCUUCGAGCCGCUGUGGCACAUCGAGCGCACGGUGUCUUUCGAGCAGGGCGGCGCCAACGCCGCAGGCUCGGCCCUGGUAUACCGCGACGUGCUCAAGCAGCUCUUCCUGUGCGACCUGUACCUCCUGGAGCAUUUCAUCAUCCCGGCACCCGAGGACCACCUGACCCAGUUCGUGUUCCGCCGGGGCUCCAGCCGCUCCCUCUGCGAGGACCCCGUCUGCACGCCCCUCGUCAAGAAGGUAUUCGAGAAGUACCCCUGCAAGAACCGCCGCUGCGGCCUCCUCAACAUGACGCUGGCCUCCGAGGCCUGCCGCCGCAAGGAGCACAUGGCAAUCAAGGCCGUCCGCAUACGGCAGCUGGAGUUCCUGCAGCCGCUGGCCGAGGACCCCCGUCUGGACCUCCGCGUCAUCCAGCUGGUGCGCGACCCCCGCGCUGUGCUAGCCUCCCGCAUGGUGGCCUUCGCCGACAAGUACGAGACCUGGAAGAACUGGCUGGCCAAGGGACAGGACCAGCUGAGGGAGGAGGAGGUGCUGCGGCUGAAGGGCAACUGUGAGAGCAUCCGCCUGUCCGCUGAGCUGGGCCUGAGGCAGCCGGCCUGGCUGCGGGGCCGUUACAUGCUGGUGCGCUACGAGGACGUGGCCCUCAGGCCGCUGCAGAAGGCCCAGGAGAUGUACCGCUUUGCAGGCAUUCCCCUGACCCCGCAGGUGGAGGACUGGAUCCAGAAGAACACCCAGGCGGCGCACGACGGCAUCUACUCCACGCAGAAGAACUCCUCGGAGCAGUUUGAGAAGUGGCGCUUCAGCAUGCCCUUCAAGCUAGCGCAGGUGGUACAGGCUGCCUGCGGCCCCGCCAUGCGCCUCUUUGGCUACAAGCCUGUGCAGGACGCCGCCUCGCUCUCCAACCGCUCCGUCAGCCUGCUGGAGGAGCGCGGCACCUUCUGGGUCACGUAGGGGACCCGGGGCGUCGAGCACCCCUCCUGGUGAAAGCCCCGCCUUGCCUGCCUCACCCAGGCCAGCUGGGAGACUGCAGCGCCGCCGCGGGGGUGGGCAGGAAGACGUGCAGGGCGUAGGUGGCGCCUGCGCUGUAGAAGUAGGCCCUCAGCCCGCUCGCUUCCCGCCCUAGCUGUGGGCCUGGAGCUUCCCGCUGAGAACAGGACAGUGGCCAGUCCUUUUGAGGGCUGCAAACCCAGACCUAAGGGGCUGUGGUGUCCUGAGCAGGCCCAGGCAGGCCCGAGCCUAUUGACAAGCCUUUCUCGC